AUGGCACAAGCUCCAAAGAUUGUAUUCGGCGCUGCCGGUGUGGCAGCAUUCAGCACUGAACAGCUCAACGAGAUCUUCGACAUCCUUGAGAAGCACAAUGCUAAGGAAAUCGAUACCGCAAGACUCUAUGGCCCCAGUGAGGGCAUUCUGGGCAAGGCAGGAGCUCCAAAGCGGUUUACCAUUUCUACGAAAGCACUUGGAUUUACGCCCGGAGCCAUGGACAAGAAGGGCGUAAUUGAAUCGAUAGAAACAAGCUUCAAGGAGUUGCAGGUGGAGCAGGUCGACAUCCUCUACCUCCACUCCCCUGAUCCAAAAAACCCAAUUGAAGAGACACUCGCUGGAAUCCGAGAGGCAUAUGCUGCUGGGAAGUUCAAGAGGUUCGGACUCUCCAACUUCAGACCCGACGACGUCCAAAAGAUCUACGACAUCCAAGCCUCUGCCAAGUCUGUACUCCCAACUGUUUUCCAAGGAAACUACAGUGCUGUAGCACGGCACAUCGAAAGCGAUCUAUUUCCUCUCCUCAGAAAGCUUAAGAUGAGCUUCUACGCAUACUCCCCAAUUGCAGGUGGUUUCUUGGUCAAGGACGCAAAGUCGUUCCGAGAACAAUCAGUUGGGGGACGUUGGGGGAAAGAUUCCCAGAUUGGAGAUAUGUACAGCAAGUUGUAUGUCAAGGACAGCAUGCUCAAUGCUCUGGACGAAUGGGAGGCGAUUGCUAAGGACGCUGGAAUUCCCAAGGCAUCACUGGCAUACCGAUGGAUCGCGUACCAUUCCGCGUUAAAGGGGGAAAAUGGCGAUGCUAUCAUCAUUGGUGCAAGCAGACCUUCUCAGGUCGAAGAUACUUGUUCUUAUGUUGAGCAGGGCCCACUGGAUGCGAAGAUUGCUGAGAGAGCUUCCGAUCUGUGGAAGAGCAUCGAGAAGGAUGCACCAAUCGAUAACUGGAACUCCCACGCUGGGCUGAAGUGA